AUGACCGACACUCGACCGUUAUGGAAGAGUCGUCCUGAAUAUCCGUCUUACUAUCGAGCACCGGUUAAUACGCUCUAUAAAAGGAAGGCUGACAAAGUUCGUCCGGUAAAUUCAUCGGAAUCAGAUGGGACGAUCCCCGUCGGCCACCCUGAUUGGCAGCACGAAUGCCUCAAAAAGUACCAUACUCAGUAUCGCGCACCUGACAUUCGAACUGAAUUCGACCAUUUGCUCAAGCCUCGUAUUUCCGUGAUUGCGAGAGGUGCUCGUCUUACCCCAGAACGAGAGAUAACACUGCUAGUAGGAAAGGAUCUACUGCCACGUGAGAGAGCACUUUUUCGAGAACUUCUUUUCAAAAGAGAGGGAGUGCUAGCCUGGGAAUGGGAACAUGUUCAGAGGAUACACAACGAAGUAAUGCCUCCGCAACGCAUUAAAACCGUCUCCCAUGAAGCGUGGCAGCACCCCGGUUUUAAGAUCCCCUAUGCACUGAACGCUAUAGUCAUCGAAAUGCUGCGUGAUCGGCUACGCAAGGGCGUGCUCGAACCCUGUGAUGGACCGUAUCGGAACCCGUGGUUCCUUGUCGGCAAGAAGCAAACUGGCAAAUAUCGAAUGGUCAACGCAGCAAUGAUGAUCAACAAAGUGACAAAAAGAGAUGCCAACAUGCCUCCAAUAGCAGAUGAGUUUGCCGAAGAGUUUGCAGGAAUGGCGAUGGCUUCGUUAGUCGACCUCUUCUCCGGAUAUGAUCAAAUCGAACUGCAUAAGGAUGAUCGGGAUCUAACGGCUAUUCAAACUCCCCUCGGUCUGCUUCGCCAGACCACCAUUCUCCAAGGUGCAUCGAAUUCAGUCGCCCAGUUUCAACGAGUGAUCUCGGUCAUUCUGCAUAGUAUUUUCGGCACAAAGGCGCGUUUAUUUCUUGACGAUGUUGCCGUUAAGGGUCCGCGAACAACAUACAAUGACGAGUUUGUAGAAGAAGGGAUUCGCCGAUAUGUCCUAGAGCACGUUCAGAAUCUCGAUGAAGCGCUAUAUCUUUUGGAAUUAGCCGGAGCGGUCAUCUCAGCCGAAAAGUCCCAGUUUAUGAUGAAAGGAAUUGAAGUUGUCGGCUGGGUGUGUGACAUUAAUGGCCGACGACCCGACGAAGCGAAGGUUGCAAAGGUUACACAGUGGCCUACGCCUCGGUCGAAGGAUGAACUGCGUUCAUUUGUCGGCCUUGCUGUCUACUUUCGUAUCCUGAUUGAGAAAUUCCAGGUCAUCAUGAAGCCUCUCUAUGAGAUACUGCGAAAGAAUGCCCAUUUUAUGUGGAACGAAGUCCACCAGGUGGCGUUUACCGAGAUAAAGUCACGCCUUUCAGAGUUCCCCUCAGUCCUGCCUAUAGAUUACGACUUUAAUCCGUUUCUCAUGAUCGUUGCUGCAGAUGCUUCUAUAAAAGGAUGGGGUGGCGUGCUCAUGCAGGCUCGGAACGGUGUCCGCAAUCCUGCACGAUACGAGUCAGGGGUUUGGUUACAGGCUGAAUCGAAAUAUGACGCAGGAAAGCUAGAAUGCCGUGCUGUUUUGAUGGCUUUUAAGAAAUUUCGCCAUUGGCUAUAUGGGGUAUACUUCGUCUUGGAGACUGAUGCUAAUACCUUGGUGGCUCAAUUGAAUCGCACUGCAACCGACCUCCCUGGUGCUCUUGUUACCCGCUGGAUUGCAUGGAUUCAGCUUUUUGAUUUUGAUGUCAAGCACGUUCCUGGCACUGGCAAUGGCGCUGCAGAUGCCCUAUCCCGCCGUCCACCAACUGAGGAAGAUCUACAUGAGAGAGACCAAGAACAGGAUAUUGAUGACCUUGUUGAUACGGAGGUCCUAUAUCUCCGAGCCAGUUGUUGUCCUGUCUCUGCUAAUGUUGAAAUUCCCGGUGAUCCUGUUAUCGAUGUGCUGCAUGAAGGAUACUCUUCUGAAUCGGAGCAAAUUGCAAGAUACCUGACAACCCUCCGAAGACCUGGCCGUAUGAGCCUGUCUGAAUUCUAUUCGUUCAAAAGAAAAUGCAUGAAGUUCGUCGUUCAAGAGCGUCAUUUGUUCCGACGUGUCAAAGGUAAUGCCGAAUUGCUCCGCAGGGUUCUAGACAAAAAAGAAGACCAACAAGCUGCGUUGAAAAGCACCCAUGAUGAUCUUGGCCAUAAAGGACGAGAAGCUACGUAUGCCUUGAUCAAACAUCGCUACUGGUGGUCUCGCGCGUACGAAGAUGUGUCAAAAUAUGUUAAGACAUGCUCAUUAUGCCAGGCCAGAGCUCCGAAUCGUCUGCAUGAACCUGCUAUUGUUACGCAACCGCUGUUGCUUUUCGAUAAAUGGUAUAUUGACACAACUCGAAUGCCUCCAGAAGACGGUGAACGUGUCGUUAUUCAAGCGAGAGACUCUGUCAGCGGAUGGCCAGAGGCGAGAGUAUUGCAUUCUGCGAAAACAGAGAGCGUCGUCCAAUUCAUCAAGGAAGAUAUCAUCAGUCGUUAUGGGAUUCCUCGGGAAAUAGUAAUUGACAUGGGACCUGAAAACCGUGGAGGAUUAACAGCCUUCUUGGAACGCGAGCAAAUAUCAAGAGUUAAGAUCUCCGCGUACCAUCCCGGUUCUAAUGGCCCUGUGGAACGUGCGAUGCGAACUAUGAAAGAUGCUCUCUCAAAGAUGACAGAAGGCUACCCUAUAGACAACGUUACUCGGCAAAUCAAGCGACCAUGGAGGCCCCAUUUCUAUUCUGUCCUGAUGGCGGAUCGUUUUACGGUUAAUGCCACCACUGGAAUGAGCCCGUUCUUCUUUCUGUAUGGGAAGGAUCCUAUUAUACCCAUUGAAUUACAGAUGUCUACCUGGAGCAUGCUGCUAUGGCAUGAGGUCCGAGACCGAAAGGAUUUACUAGCAAUGAGAGCGCGGCAAUUCGAAAAGCGGGACCAGGAUAUUGAAGAAGCAAUCCUGCGUAUGCGCCGUCUGAAAGAAGCAAAUGCGCACUUCUUCGACGAACAUCAUCUGCUUCGGAAUGACCGAUUUGCACAGGGUGAUCUUGUUCUCCUGCACAACACCAUUCGCAGCAUGGACUAUCAUUCAAGGACAAAACUACAAUUCCGUUGGUUGGGGCCUUAUCGGAUUCAUACGGUCAAAAGCGGUUCAUAUUUGCUGAGUGAACUCGAUGGUACGGUUUUAUACGAUCUGACCCAUCAGCCGGAGUCAUUCAAUGGCGAUCGAUUGAAGAAGUUCUAUUCUCGGAAGGAUCUAAAUGAUCAGGAAGAGGCUUCAUCCUUACCGCAGCGUAACCCAAAUGGACGUCCGAGAGGUCAACGAGGCCGAGGUAGUGGCCAAGGUCGACAGCAACAUGAAGGAUGGAUUGAGACACCACGUGAGCGAGCACCACGACGACGGGGAAGGCCUUCGUUGAGAAGAACGAGGGGUCGCAGGUCCUAA